AUGGCGGACCAUGCGGUCGAGGAGAAUUCAGCUGUGUUACCGAGCGCAACAGUUCUUUUCGAAGCUCAGUCGCCCUGCACUCAGUAUAACAACGACGAAAAUAGUCCUCUAAGUCCCGGAGAAAUUCGAAUGAUGAGAAAUCACCCUAAGGUUGCGUCUGUGCUCUUCUCUCCCGCGCGGAAAACGCGAGGGGAAGGAAAAAUUAAACCAAAGUCUUUCUCUUCGGCUUUGUAUUCUUCACCCACAAGGAAAACGGUAUGUUCGUUGAAUCCAGUUCGUUACGUUUUACUCUCUUUUUGUUUAGGAAGCUUUGGAUGGUUGUUCUCUUGCUUCCUGCUGAAUUAAGCUAAGUUUUUUUUCAAUUUGUGGCAGAAACUACAAGGACUCGAAAAGGAGAAGCGAAAAACACUUCAAGUUCUUCAACCGACGGCUAGCGGCGAUGGUACACUUGUGGGAAGUCGUGGAGUGAUACGACACAAGGAAACGGUGAGGGUCAGUUUUAUGCUUGGGAGCUUCAGAAACGGUUGUACUUUCAAGGUCGAAGUUGGAAAACCUCAAUGCCAGUUUGAAACUUCAGAAUACCCCGCCAUAAUAAUCGGAGAAACGCUGUAACAUAUUAAAAGCACAAGGCGUAACACAAUAGGCACUCGAUCCUUUUGUUCAACGAGAUGCAAAUAAGUGGCGGGAUAGUGUCUAAAUUUUCGGGGAGUAGUAAAUUUUAAAUUUUAAUGACCCGGACAAGUUCACUUUCCGGCCAUGAAAGUGGAUGAUACAGAAGAAGAGCAAAUGAUUUUUUUAUUUUUUAACCCAGGACCUCUACAAUACUACUGUAGUCGCAAGAGAUAAAGUUGCUUGUUCUGCUUUGGACCACUUCGUGGGUUGUCAACUUGUUAUUUUUCCUUUCAAUAUCCCUUCUAGUCUGCCUUGUCCCAGUCAAGGGAUAAAUGAAUGGUUGUUGGGUUAUCAACUUGUUAUUUUUUCUUUCAAUAUCCCUUCUAGUCUGCCUUGUCCCAGUCAAGGGAUAAAUAUAGAACAAUAAUAUCCAUUUACAGAAUGGAUGUGAAACAAAGCCAACACAUUCUACUCCUUUGUAUCAUAGUUAAUGGAGGUGACUGGUUAUGAAGCCCGGCAAACAUCAAAGGAGCAAACAAAGAUGCCAAGAUUUAUGUUAGAAGGUCCACGACCCUGCACAAUCUUUUGUUUUGCGUUCAUACGUUAUGCAUGAAUUACGUAACCAGCACGUUUCUAUUGGUUAGUUCCUCAGUACGGAGUAAACAACUAUUGUGUUUUGUGCAGGGUCAAGGCCAAAAAAGAGAACAAAAACAUACAACAAAGAACUUUGUCGGGUUUCAUAACCAUUCCCUCUAUUAACUAUGUUUGUAUUAAACCCAAGUGUUGGUCCAGCCAGACCUGACCCCUCAAAGUCUGGUACUCUACUGAUUGAGCUAACCAGUUGGCAUGAACUGCCAACCAAAUGUCUUGGUAGUACAAUGUAUUAACCUGGGGGGGGGGGGAGUCCGCAUAUAACUGGGGUGGGAAUGCUCAUCGGAAAUUUUGAAUUAAACCCCUAAAGGAGACCGAUCUGGGCGUGGCCCAAGCUUUUUUUGACCCCUAAAAGAGACCAUGUUAAAACACUGAGAAUAUAUAUAUUUUUAUAUUUUUUCACGUGCAGCUCACAGCUAAAUAUGAUGGCGUUUAGCCCAGAACACCCCAGUGAGACCAAAAUCUGAAAUUUACACCCCUAAGCGAGACGACGAGCAUCCCCACCCCUUUCAUAUGCAGAGUUCCUCCCCCCUCCCCCAGGGUAUUAAACUGCUAUUAGGCUUGUUGAUUACCAGCUGCAGUAUAUGAUUGGGAAAAUGAGCCCUCACUCAUUCCCCAGAAGAGUGCAGGGCAGGGCUGGAUGCAUCUAAUUUCUAUCGUUGUUUUUAGCCAUUCAGGUUGGACUCUAGAGAAUGGCUGAAAUCGAGCCUAAACUGCAAUAUGGCAAAUUGUAGUCAAUUAACCAUAAUUUUGCUUUUCCCUUACCUUUCCCAUGCCAACUUUAAAGAAAUCAAAGAAGAACAAGACUCCUGUGUUGCAACUCAAGCAACAGAAGCUCAAGAUUCCAGCAUCAGGUAGCAGCACUUCAACAUGCACAGAUUCAUCUGAUUCAGACAUUGCAGGGAGUUCAGUAAAGAAGGUACAAUCAAACAAAACUGAAAUUCAGCAAGAUGCACAUGCACACCACCAGGCUUUUUGACAUAUUCUUGUCUGAACGCUAUGCUAUACCAAUGAGUGUUAGCAGGGACAAAACAGCUGUCUGUGCAUGGUUUUUGAUGAUUGUAUUGUUGUGUGCCUGUGUUUUGUACUGGCCAUACUGCAGAGUUGUCGUAGCAUGCUUUUUUGUAGAAUUUUGUUUUGCACUGGUAUAUUGAGACACUUCAAUCAAUGAACAACUCUUUCAGCAUUUUCGUUGACGACAAAAUAAAAUUUUUAAUGACAAAAUGGCUGAUCAUGAGAGAGUUUGAUUUUAGGGUUUUGUUUUGCACUGUGGACAAAUAGUGUGCUCAGAACAUCCCCCCACCUUAAUCAAUCAGAAUUUUUGUUGUGAUAUGCUACAGAUCCUUCUUCUGAACAGCAAUUGAACAUUGAAGUAGGAAAAGGGACAAAAGAAAUGUUUCAAGCUUAAUUUGAAAAAUUUAAUGUUGAUAUUAUCUUGCUUUUUUUUACCUUUUAUUGUCUUAACAGUUUUGUCAAUUUUUUGCCAUCAACUUGAAAAACUGAUUUUGCAUGAAGAGAAUCAUCUCAAAUUUUGAAUGAAAAAAUCAAGAAUUAAUAAUAUUUGCGUAUAACCAGCCUUGAGUUGACACAUUUUUGUUUGUAGGACACAAAAAAGUUACAAGGCGAUGUGAAUGAAGAGGCAAUAUCCUUGAUGGUUUCAGGUAGUUAAAUUUUUUAAAAUUAACUGUUUUGACCACCUCUAGUUAAGCUGGGAUAAUUUCACAUGGUCUUUGUUUUUGAAAAAAGAUUUUGUCAAUGAUUGAGAAUUGCCAGCUCUUUGCCUUUUUAUCAGGCACCAGAUCCAGUUUUUGCAAAGCUGCAGUAGGCACAACAAUUCAGGGAAUACAGUGGUCAUGUUCCUAUACUCUCUCCAAGUGCACUUAUUUAGUCACCCGAGUAGCCUCUAUAGAUGCUCACACCACCCUUCAACCCUUGGUUUGUUGUAGAAAAAAGUGAAAAUCGACGAAGUUUACCCAUUUAACUGUGCUCCCAUGUUGUGUAUAUAGUCAUGUACCCUGAACCAUUUUUAACUGUGUACACGUAUAUGCAGAUCCAGCGCCUGAGAGAUACUGGGAGCUGCUUGCAGAGGAAAGAAGGCUGGCUUUGCAAGAAGCACUGGAGGAAAAUGAGAGGGUUAGUUUUUUUCCUUGUACUUUGAUGCUUUUACUUCAUAAACAAAAAGUCAUUGGUCAUUGUUGCAUGAAUUUAAAAGACUUGAGUUGUGUUUGUUUUGAUCAGCUUUACAAAGAGAUGGAAGAGCUUAAAGAACAAAAUAAAACCUUGCAAGAAGUAGCUGGCCAGGCAGAAUAUUUUGCUUCCCUCUACCAGGUACAUGCAGUAAUGAUGCAAAAGUCAGUUUUAACUGAUUAAACAUACCUUAAAUGAAAAUCCCUAGGAUCAAUAUUGAAGAUCCAGUAAUACUCACGUUUUGGUUUUUAUAUUACCUUAUUGUUUUUUGUUGUGUUUUAAACUUCCAGUAGCUCUUUCACCCUGUGAGUAGAGCCUCCUUUUGUCUCCUUGAGUGAGGAGGAUUAAAGGAGGCUCUGCCUGAAUAAGAUCAAGCCUUUGAGGUUAACACAGCCCAAACUUCUGGACUGGUCAGUCUUGUUCUAUCUCAUUAGACUGGGGUUUUUUAGUGGGAGCAUCCAUUUAUUGAUGAACCGCUGGAGCAAGCACAAGGCUAUUACACCUGGGUUCAAAACUAUUAGUAUAUCAGUAACAACAUGCUGUGCAUGCUCAACAAAGAUCUUACUUGAUUCAUGCAGUCUUUUUUCGAGUAUCCAAAUUGAGCAAGCGAAAAAAAGGCUCUGCUGACAGGGUGUAGCUCUUUUUGUCAGCUAAAUAUCUAACCUGAGAUCAGGCUUAAUUUUGGCAGUUCUCAUACAUUCUCUCUAACAGCUACCACUAUGUUUUCAUUUUGCCUUGCCCGCCGGAAUGUUGUUACCAAGCAAAACGAAAAAAGAGCCUGAUCUCAGGUUAUUAAAUAUCCUAAUCUUGGUCAUUAGAAACCCUUCAAAUAAGUUGAUGCCUUGUGGAGGGAUGUACGCUCACUAUAGGAUUAUGCCUAAGCGUGGGAUCUUAAAAAAAAUGCAUUUUAAUAAGUAAUAUUAUUGUAUUAAACUGUUACAGCUGACAUUUUGGCAUCACUACCGGGUUUGUAAUGGCAGUGUAAAACAUUCUUUGUCUGUUUUCUCAGCCUAAGUUGACUGUACUGUUUCUUCAUUUUUUAGAUGGUCAUGGAGGGUGAAGUUCCUGACACAGAAUCUAGUGAGGCAACUGAUGAUGAAGGUGUAACGGCUGCCAGGUAAAUGUAGGCACAGAAAAUAACAUUAAUAUGUUCAAACUGUUCCUUCAUUCUUCUAUCAUCAAUGCAGGUUUUACUCAAAAUUAUAAAGAGCUGUGAGGCACAUGGAAAUGACAUUAAAAAUAAUAAAUCCAAUGCAAUGUGCGAAAAUAAGUUGUCUUGGUUUCCUAACUCUUUUAUUUGUUGAGAAACAAACUAAAAUUGUCAGACAAAGGAAUCAAACUCCAUUUCUCGUGACACCAUUAAGUUUUGCUCGUCUUCAUGGAAGAUUAUGACCAUUAAUCAUAUUGAUACCAGUCCCAAUUUCCAAUGUUGCUUUAAAAUCCCAGGCUGGAAUACUACAAACGGUCCAUUUAAAUGUCAGCUGUCCUUGGGUGUUAAGACAUCAUUUUACACUGUCUCGUACCUGAACAAAUGAUAUUUAUGUUUAAUUCUUUUUAAAUGCAUUUUUACCGGUAACUCAAUCUGUUGAAAUCGAGUUUAAUCUUAGAUAUCGAUUUUAAUUAGAUUCCGGUUAAGGGAAAGAAUUUUUCAACCAAGCAUCUGAAUGUUCUCCCUCUUUUUUCUUUUUGCUUACUUGUCUUAUUGCAGCAUUAACCUUGACCAACCAUCAAAUAAGUAACUUAGAG